UCGCAGUAUUUUUCUCUCAUUUAUAUUAUAAUUAGAAAAAUAUUUAUAUUUAAACGGUUCGGUUAUGAUAAUUUAAAAAAAAAUUCGUGAAAAUUCAACGAAAAUUCCGUGUUAUUUUUUAAUUAUAAGCCUUAAAAACAUUAUUUUUUAACUUGAAUGCAGCUGCUCUAAUGAUCAGAUGUCGCUUGUUUAUACAUUUAUUUAUCAAUGUAAGCCUGAGAUAUAGUAAAUUUCUUUGAUAUAAUUGCAAAAUAUUUAAAUAGAAUUUUAAAAUUUAGUAUACAGGGUCGAUUCCUAUACAAAAAUCGAAGUCUUACCUUAGAAAUUUUGGUUUUAGAGCCGAAUAUUAUGUAUUUUACACGCUAAAUUUCCUUAUUUUCUAUACAUAAUUACGUAGUAAGAGGUAAAACACUGAUUAUUAUUUUUUUAAUUUACGAUUAUUAAACGUCUUAGUGGGAACUUCACAGCAUGUAAUACAGAAAAAAAUAUAAGUUCUUACAGCGAAAUAGUUACUUUCAGGGGAAAAUUUAAGUUUAAUACCACGUUAGCCAUAUUUUCUAGGGAAAAUAGGGGGUGAUUUUCUACUCGAAACGAAGAUAUAACGUCACGAAAGGUGGCAACGUCACUUCCGUUUCGAUGAAAGUACACAAAAGGUUGACAGUCUAUCAUUGAUUGGAAGAAGUCAGUGUAGAAGCAGACAUGGCAGCGAACGCACGUGAUUAUGGAUGGAUUCGCAAGAAUGGAAGGUUGGAAAGCUUCUUGCAAAAAUGUUUAGCUCAAGAAUAUUGCCAAGUUUCCUGGUACGAGCCUUGUGUAGUCAGUUCGAGUUACGAUAAACAACCGACUUUUAGGUUCGUGGUGGUCACUGACGAACACGUUUACGUCACCGAUAAUCCCCCCACGGAAUUAAUACUUAUUGUCCAUCUGGGAGAUGUCGUCAGGUUGGAAGUGAUUAACGAAUAUCCAGAAUUUUUAAAGGGAGCAGAACGGGAAAAUGUGCAGCACAUAAAAAUAACAUCUAAAGAAGAAGAUGGAGAGGUUCCUCUAUCGUUAACGGGAUCGUUAUCCCAAAUGUCAGACAUCUCUUAUAGGGAGGAUGCAGGAUCACGUGCUUCCAUACGAUCCGCCGAAGGAUCAUCCGCUUCAGAUCCAGGACCCGAAUCGAAAUCGCGAAAAAAAUGGAACUGGAGUCGUUUCUUAUCGUCUCUUUUAUUAUCGAGGAGAAAAUGCGGUUUGCAGACAGUAUCGGAAGACGAUCAUCAGGAAUCUAUACACGAAAGCGACGUCACAAUAGCAUCGGACGACGUUAACAUUAAGAAACACAGGAAAUCCAUCUUCAAAAAACUUUUAUUGUUCAGUAGAUAUAAAGUUAGAUGCGAGUUAGAAACGAAUAGAAGCUCUAUAGCAUCGCCAAUCGAAGAUAACUUUCUAGGAAAUGACCUCAGGAAUCAAAGCUUCUUACACGUCACCGACCACAAGAGGCCAAUUUCUGUGCCUCCAAUCUCUCAACAGCUGUUAUCACCAGGAGAUCACGACGUCACUUUACAAUUGAGAUCACCUUCGGGUCGUGCACAGACGGCUCUAGGAAAUUACGCAGACCAUUUAUUCUUAGUUAAGAAGCAUGACUAUCGACGCAGUUUAUCCGAUAAUCCGGAGGAUUCGACUAAUAAAUCAAAGAAAUCACCUAAACAUCCGUCCGAAUUACAUUUAUACAUCUUAACAGCGCAGUCGGCAAUUUUUAGACACUUAAUCGCUGCUUGGAAUAGGAUAUUAGUGAAAUUAACGAUUCGUAUGGAGAAUGAUCAAAUUUAUUUCAACAAAGGAUCAAACAGAGAGCACUUCGACCAAAUUCUUCUCGACGUAUACCGUAAACUAAAUGCAAUUAAUCAAAAUGAUAUGGCUCAAUUGAGAGUUUUAAUGGAUAACUUUCAGACGGAGUUAACGAGGUCGUCUUUGGCUAGGAAGCUAUUUUGGAAGGACGAUGACUCCCAUUACUCGCUUAGAUACGGUGAAGUAGACUUUGCAAUUCUUUCCGAACGUAUAACCAAUCUUAGGAUUGAAGUGGAAUUAAUGGGAUAA